UGUGUUUAAAUAAAUAAAUAAUAAGUAAGCUGUGUACACUAAAUAGAGCGACCAGAAAAGAAAAAUCACUAAGUAAUAAGGAAAAUCAUGAAAAGUAAGGCAGUAAACAACUAUAAGGGGUGAGAAAUAUGUUCGUUCAUAAUAAAUAGCCUCAUUAGAUCAUCUUGGCAACUAACCACUAAUCUUUUUAGCCAGGGUUUUUUAUUCAUAUCGCACUACAGCUGUUGUUCAUGACAUUCUGGAAGCGUCUCCGAAAGUAUGUGGUGAAGCUGUUACCUGGAAAAAGAAUUUUCUAUCUCAAAUAAGUGGGUAACUUUGUCCUACUGUGGGGUGAUAUGUAGACUAUCCGAACUCGAUAUAUUCAGCCAGUAUUUGGUGGCCAUAAAGUACUCCCUCAGGAUUUCAAGAGCCUGUCUGAACUUUUUGUUUUUAUUUAAGUGCCUGUGAUUGCGUUGGAGAUAAAACCAAUCUACUUACAGAAAAAGCCAAAGUAGUUAAUGACAAUUCGGACCGUUUCGGGCGCUUUCAUGGUGCUAAUCGGAUAUACGACCCAUCGUAGUAAUUCCUGGAUAGAAGUCACUCCACAAAGUCUGGGUUACAACCAAAAUGGUUCUAGUUAUUCAGGUUUCCAGGAACCUGGCGGUCUCCAUACCAUAGUUGAAGAAAGAUUACUGACUCUCUUCCUCUCAGAAGCUCAAGAACAUUCAGACAAAACAAGCGAUGGUUCUCUGCCUAGCCCAUUAUCACACGACGAACUUCACAGUGGUGAUACAUCCGAACAGUCUCACUCUACUUAUCAAAAUAUAAGUAUGACCAAGUCCUCCACUGUGAGUUUUCCAACUGAUUUUCCAGUUACAAGCUCGGGAGAAUGGGCUAGUCGACCUGAAGUCGGAGCGUAUACUGCACUGGUAUGUCAGACAAAUAAUUCUAAAGAAAGCUUAUCCGGUCAUCCUAAUUGCUCGUCUCCAAUUAAGGGUUCGUGGCGUCUGCGCAACUCGGCUUUUAUGAAAUCGCGUUUUAUUGGUUGGUUGCUUGAUCAUAUUCCAAAUAUAUUAAGCCAUGCGACUACAUUCCUGUUGGGAGCAAUUACCAUGCUUUUAUUCAUCCGAAAACGUGCAAGGUUCACAAAAGUGUUAAACAUACCUUUGGAUUAAAUCACUCGAUUUGAUUAAUCAAAAAAAAUAUAUUUUUUACUACAAAAUUCAUUCAUCAGUUUAUACAUUCACAUGCAUAUUAAAGGUGAAAUAGGUUUUCUGCUGGUUUCUUUUUAUCCUCCUCUUAAUUAUCAUUUCUUUUUUACCAUAUAUGUUUAACAUUGUGAGUGAUUAUUAUUAUUGGUGUCUUUGGCCUUUAACCAUAUUAUAAAUAUCAUUUCAUCAUUAUUUAACUCCAAACUAAAUCGCACAUAUAUAUUUGUAUACACAUUUGUGGUUCUUUUAUUUUGCAUACUAAAUAUACCUUCUAAUUAUCAAUAAUCUAUUAAAAGUUGGGUGUAUUCAAUGUAUCCAUGGACGUAACUACUUUCACAUUCUCUUUUUUUGUGGUCAUUAUCAAUAUUUUAUAUUUUUCAUUGACUUAAAAAUGAACGUUUUUUUUUCUAUUUAUGUCAGAGAAAUUUGAAUAUUUUUGCGCACUAUUGUUAUUAUCAUUAUUGUUAAUUUGUUUUUCUAAUAUAUGCAGACAUUCUUUUUGGUCAUAUUUUAUCAUCUUCACUAUUAUUUAUGAAUAUUCUUUUAAAAGAGAUCAUUAAUAAUGGGAUCAUUUGCUUAUUUGUUUAACUAUUCUAGAGAUUAAUUAAAUGACCUCUUCGUCAUUAUAUUGUUUCUAUGAUGAUUAUCUUUUUUUUAUUGCAGAAACUGAUUUUUUACUGCUCCUUUUUGUCUUAAUUUUUAAAAUUUCUUCAUACUGGUGGUUUACUCAUUAUAUUCCUACUUUAUUGACUUUUAGGAGAGAUUACAUAACAAUGCUUCCUCUUUUCAUAAUGAUGAUUAUGUUUGAUUAGUGGACUGGUAUGUGUAUGAUUUUUACUGCGUAUUGUCACUAUCUUGAUGGGGACUGUUCACCUAAGCUGGUAUAUCACGAAAUACCAGCGACAACUGGAACUUGUACAAUUAAAUAUCUAUAUAUAAUUAUUUCUUUCAUUGUUUAUGAAACAAACAUUCACUGUACUGAUCGUUCUUUGUUUGAAAUUGCGCCGACAUGCAGCUGUGAACAAUCCAAUUGAUAAUGUAUUCUCAAAUCGCUUGAUGUUCACUGUUGUUGUUGUUGUUUUUAUAAUGAACAGUAAUUAAUACUUAUCGUGAUGUAUGUGUGAUAUGUACGAAACUAAAGUGCUUCUUUUGUCGAUAUGUAUUGUCUUAUAAAUACUGGUUUGACUUGUAUAAAUUGCCUGACAGAAUAACGUCUUGAAGUGUAACUCAGGUUUCUUAUCAUUUGAUGAACUAAUUGUUGUAUGUUUAUGCUUACCUAAUGCUUCCUAGUAACUAAUAGUAAUCACGCUAACAUACCCCAAAGAUGAGUAACAGGUAGUUAUUUGUCACCAGAUGGUUUAGGGAUGUUUUUGGAAAGUUCCAUUUUACUGUGCAAUCAAGUCCCUUUCAUCUUUUUUUGUUGAUCUCGUGCUAAAUAAAAAUAUUCUAAUCAUUAAUGCAUUUGAUGUUUGUUACUCGUUCAUGACAACAUGAUUAUAUAUAGGCUUUGGUUGGGGUAGCAUAAAAAAUUGACUAAACAAUUUUUAUAUCAGUUCCAACACCUGGACUCCUUAUUCACUCAUUUUAAUUCACACAGAACUCGACCGCAAGUCAGUUAACUCAACGUCUUCAUGCAAUCAACAUAAAAGCUCGAUUUAAAUUAAAUACAUUUCUUAUUGACUUCUCGAU